GAAGGUGGACAAAAUGGUCCGCCGGUGCAAGCAAUUGGCCGGAAUACGACGUGGGAACAGGGACCUCUCGACUGGGCUUACUUAAGAUUCAAAACACGAAAAACACCGAGACGUCCAAUUCUGACUACUGGUUCCUCAUAUUGUCAACGCGUGGGUGUGGGUGUCCCCCGUGUGCUGUCUCAUGCAGCAAACCCAUAUGCUAGGGAAACGUAAGGCAAAGUCAAGGCAAAGCAAAUAUGAUGGCCGGCGCCGCUCGGCCGGGGUCGCUGUGGUCUUCGCUCGACGAAGGAGAAGCAUUAAUGCCACCUGCGGCACAGCAGAAACAAAUGACUGUUGUUACUGCUGCUGCCCCGCCGAAACCGAAUCGUACUCGGGCAUUUCACAGGAAAACGAAGGGAGGCUGCAUCACAUGCAAGAAACGCCGCAUAAAAUGCGACGAGCGGCAUCCUUCGUGCCAAAAAUGCGAGAAGGCCUCUGUUAAGUGUCUCGGGUAUAAGCCGUUAGGCCGGACCGGUCGACUGGCGCCCCUGCGGCCCCGAGAUGCCACCCCUAGCACAACAACCGUUUCUCCCCCGUCACCCGUGGGGAUGGGAACAAAGGCGAAGGCGAGGAAGGCUUGGGGUGCAGAUAUACUCCCAGAGCCGCGUUCCUCGACUAUGUCCUCAGCGGCAUCGUCGUCUUCUGCUUCUUCCACGGCAAUCCUCACCACCGUCAGCAACGCCCUUCCGCCCUUCUCCCUGCGCGAGUCCGAAGUUCCUUAUUUUGACGUGUUCCGCUUUCACAUCGCGAGCCAGUUCGUCGGCUUCUCCGACUCACGGCUGUGGGAGCGGGCCGUGAUGCAAGAAGUCGUCGCUGACGAAGGGAUCCGCCAGUCGGUGCUGGCCGUCAGCGCCAUGUACCGCGCCUUCUUCUUGCACCCGGGUCAGCUGAAGGAGAUCAACGGUGUUCCCAUGGCCGCCGUACGGUUCGAUGGGAGGAGCUUGUUUGACGUCCAUCAUAGGGCGGCCGUAGCACAUCAUAUGAAGGCCAUGGCCUUAUACAGACGGCGGCUGCAGACGACAAGUGUUCCGCCGACGAUGAGGAAUGUACUGGUGGCGACCAUGCUGUUUAUCGCUUUUGAGCAUAUGCAAGGGAACUUCGGGGGUGUUGAUCGGUUGGUUUCGAGUGGGCUGUGCGCGUUGCAGGAGAGUAUCGUGAUGGUGAAGCGGAAGGGGUACAGGUCGUCGUCGAUAACGCUGUCUUUAUCAUGCUCCCCUGAAGCAGGGGCGGGAGCAUCGUUAUUCGACACACGUUCCGGCUCCGAGGACCUGGAACAAGUCGAACUCCUACACCAGCGCAUGGCGGUACUGAGCCCGUUAACCUCUUUCUUCCACCCCGCAACCGACGCACCGCCAACACACAUAAAUCCCAGCGGCGCCUUCCCGAAACCCGACGACUCCUUCGACACCCUCUUCUCUCUGUGGAAAUUCCAAAUUUGCCAAACCAUGGCCUUUUUCGGCGAGGCCCACUACUACACCGCCUACCCCGACACCGAAGGCCUCCUUCCAACCGUCGAGAAGAACCGGCGCGAAUUCAUAUCGAGACAAACGGUGUGGCUGGCCUUUCUCAAGACGCAUCUGCAUGCAAACCAAGACCCCGUCACCCGUGUCGCCCUGAAGCUGAUGCACCUGCACUCCAAAGUGAGCAUCAUCGUCCUCACAGGCAUCCUCGACCCCACCGAGUCCGCCUACGGCGCGCUCACGGCCGACUUCCGCAUGGUCCUGGAUGGCUUCAUAGUGCAAAACUACAUUGCGCUGGAAAUGGGCGUCCCCGUUGCUGCCACUCUGCCCGUUAUCUGCUUCAUCGCGUGCAAAUGCCGGGACCGCCAAGUGCGUAUGCGGGCCGUGGAUGCGCUGGACGAAGUCCCCAAGGACGGCUUCGGUGCGGACCUGAUCGUCCAGUCGGUGCGGGCCCUGGUCGACUUGGAAGAGAAGCAGCGAGAUGCGUCGUCGGGGCUUAUACCAGUGCAGGCGAGGUAUUCGUGGACCGAUGGGACUUGGAACUUUCACAAGUGUCAAUUGCGGUCGCGUUUUACCAAGCUCGCUGCAGUGGACGACAGGACCAGUGCCAAAGUGCGCACUUUCGAUUUCUAGAACUGAACUGGAUCGGAAUCAAGUCAAUAAUAUCAUAGCUAUGUAACAACAACUCAACCGUAUCAAUGUAAAAGCAUCUUGUAUGAGCUGCUCUCGUCUCGGCAGAAGCCGUCUAUACUCCGUGAAUACAGCAUUACUGCAUGGGUCUCGUUAUACAUAUCUAAU